AUGGCAGGCACAUUACCACCAUUGUUCCCCAUCUCCGAUGAGGACCACAGCGGGUAUGUCGCUGUCACUGUCUAUACUUUGCUAAGUUUGACUGUGACCACUGUUUUUGUGCGACUUUUCACAAGAUGGUAUAUCGCAAGGGAUGUCUACUCGGAUGAUGUCUUGCUCACAGGCGCCACGGGACUAGGAAUACUACAGAGCGCGUUUGUUCAGAUAUCCAUUGAUCAUGGUCUCGGCAAGAAGAUACGCAUGGUUUCUACCAGCGACUUGACAUCGUUCGAUAAGUACAUGUACGGAGCGCAGAUUCUCCUGCUUGCAACUGUCGCCUGCAGUAAAUGCUCCGUGGCGCUACUUUUUCGCAGUUUGACAGCCCAGGGCAACGCCCUACGGCUUAGCCAGGGCUUGAUGGUGGUCAUUGGAUUAUGGACAUCUUCCUCGAUCCUGGCUCUGGCAUUCCAAUGCGCUCUGCCUCAUCCGUGGGACAUGACAGGCCGAUGCGUUAAUCGAGAAGCGCUCGCAAAUUACAUCUGGAGUAUGAAUAUACUCUCCGACGCAGCACUGGUUUUCCUCCCGUGUGUCGUUCUCCACAAAGUCCAGAUCAGGGGGUUGAAACGGCUACGGAUCAUGGCCAUGCUUGCCACUCGGUUGGUAGUAAUGAUGAACCUCAGCAUCAUCACCACAGCCAUCCCAUCUCUUGGCCGCCUCAUGAUCGAACUCCAACCAAGUCACAACGCAUUCGCCAUCACGGAGCGUCAUGGCUUCUCAGGUGACAAAUAUGCCAUUUCGUCGCUUUCCGGCCACUUUGUACGUGACCAUACUAUCAAUGAGGGACUGGGAACUCAUUCAUCAGUCCAUGGGCAACGUCAAGCGCAGAACGGUGAUACCGAAAGCACCGAAGGUCUAGUUGGUGAUGCAGCGGGGGCAAAUAGGAUUACAAAAACAGUGUAUUUUGAGGUCAAUUGA